GUUUAUUCAUGUUUUCCUUGAAAGUCUAUGGUUCUGCAAUUGAAUAAUCUUAAUUUGUUAGAAAAUGUCAAAUGACGUUUAUUUGAACAAGCUUAAUAAUAUGGUUUUAAGUGAUCCAACGUUUCCUCUAGAACUAGCACUAGCAGAAGUAAUUUACAGAUCCUUUGAUUAGCUGCAAGCAUGUUCUUACAAAGACUCUUAUUAAUCCAGAUGAUCUUUUGCUGGCCACUGUUAGCUUCAUCGGUUGUUAUAUCUGAAGAUGCAAAGGCAGACUGCCAGGGGAAAUGUGGUAAUAUUAGUAUACCUUACCCUUUUGGUAUAACUGCUAGAGGUGAGAAUGAUGAUAAAGGAGGAGGAGGAGGAGGGUGCUCUAUUCAAGGAGUUGGAUAUGGCUAUGAUAUUAACUGUGAUACUUCUUACGAUCCACCCAAGGCCUUUAUGGGCAUCAACAACCUUGAAAUUGUAGGUAUAUCAGAAACUGAGAUCCGCAUAAAGGACAACACAUCUGCAAUAUGUUACAAUCCAUCUGGCGGGGUGGUGUUGAAUAGAACAUCAGUCGCAUGGGACUUGUCCUUGACCCCAUUUACGUUCUCGAACACAAAGAACAGGUUUUUUGUGGUCGGGUGUAACUCGCUCGGGGUUAUUACAGGGUCCGAUCACAAUCUGGAAAUGUUCUCAAGCCAGUGCGUAUCAACAUGUGACAGAAGGGAAGAAGUGAAAGAAGGAAAUUGCAAUGGGAAUGGGUGUUGCCAGAACAUCAUCCGAAAGUGGAUGACAAGGUCAGUAAUAGGGAUUGCGAGAUUAGUUAACACCACAUACUUGUCUUUUAGUCCUUGCAGCUACGCUUUCUUGGCUGCAUAUGAACAAUUCACGUUCGAUGCGUCAGAUCUUCUGGAUGAAAGUAAAGUAAGAGAUGUACCUGUUGUUCUUGAUUGGGCAAUAGGGAACAAAACAUGUGAAGAAGCAGAAAAAGAUUCAGCCACUUUUGCUUGCCAGGACAACAGUUACUGUAACAAUUCACAGAACAAUCUUGGCUACCGUUGCACUUGCUUGGAGGGUCACGCGGGGAACCCUUAUCUUAGUCCUGGAUGCAAAGAUGUGAAUGAAUGUGAGGAUCAGAACAACAAUCCUUGUGUGGGGAUCUGCAUCAACACCAAGGGGAGCUACAAUUGUACUUGUCCAACAGGCAGUUCUGGCGACGGGAGGAAAGACGGGGGAGGCUGCGUUAGCGAUACUAUCAAGAGAGAAAAAUUUCCUAUACUCAGUGUUACCCUUGGUACUGGUUUCGGCCUCUUGUUUGUAAUUGUUGCAAGCUCUUGGCUGUACUUGAUUGUAAAGAAAAGAAAGUUAAUAAAACUGAAACAAAAAUUCUUUCAGCAAAAUGGCGGUUUUCUGUUGAUGCAACAAAUACAUUCAAAUGAAGGCAGUGGAGAUACAUCAAAGAUUUUUACAGCAAAAGAGCUAAAAUUAGCAACCAACAACUAUGAUAAGAAUCUGAUCCUCGGACGAGGAGGCUUUGGGACCGUUUACAAGGGAACCUUACCGGGUGACCGUAUAGUCGCCAUUAAGAAGUCCGAAAAGGUUGAUCCAACUCAAGUAGAAGAAUUCAUCAAUGAGGUUGUUCUUUUAACUCAGAUUAAUCAUCGAAAUGUGGUGAAGCUCUUGGGGUGUUGUUUAGAAACUGAAGUUCCCUUGCUUGUUUAUGAGUACAUUUGCAAUGGUACCCUUUUCCAACACAUCCAUUCCAACAAUGGGGUGUCUUCAAUUUCUUUCCAUAGCCGUUUGAGGAUUGCCGCCGAAACUGCAAGUGCACUUGCAUAUUUACACUCAGCAGCAGCUAUACCUAUCAUUCAUAGAGAUAUCAAGUCUACCAACAUACUUUUAGAUGAAAAUUACACGGCAAAAGUUGCAGACUUUGGAGCAUCAAGGUUGAUUCCGCUGGAGCAAACAGAAUUAUCCACAAAAGUACUGGGGACCAGAGGAUAUCUGGAUCCAGAAUACCACUACACAGGCCAAUUGACUGACAAGAGUGAUGUUUAUAGCUUUGGUGCACUUCUUGUAGAGCUCUUGACCGCAAAAAAAACAUUUUCUUCAAACAGACCUGAAGAACAAAUAAAUCUUGCUCUGUAUUUCGUUUCGUUGAUGGGAGAAAACCGUAUGUUGGAAAUUCUAGACACUCGAGUAGUUAACGAGGGGACACAAAAAGAAAUCACUGCAGUUGCUGAGCUUGCUAAAAGAUGCCUUAACUUGACGGGUGAAGAAAGGCCAACAAUGAGGCAAGUAGCAGAAGAGCUAGAAAGUUUUAGAAAGGUGGAUUGCAGGUGCUUGGGUUCGUCAACCAAACAGUGUAACAUUUGCAAAAUUACCAUCUGAGCCCAAAGACCUCUAUCCUGCACCACCACUGGUCUCUUCCACUGGUACUGAUUCUGAACAAUAUAGUUCGGGUAUAGAGAUAACUGUUUCAAUGAACACCGGCAGAUGAUAUAUGUAAUUCAUUGCUUGUAAAUAUCAAAUCAAAGGCUUUUUUGAAAUGGCCAGCCGGUCAGUAGCUCAUUUGCUGAUAGCAUUUUUUGCUUUUUAUAA